UCUCGGCGCGCAUGCGCAGUAGCUCUAACGCGGGAAAGAUGGCGGAGCAAGAGGAAAGAAAAAAGAUCCCUUUGGUUCCAGAAAAUCUCCUGAAAAAGAGGAAGGCUUACCAAGCCCUCAAAGCCACCCAGGCAAAGCAGGCUCUCCUGGCAAAGAGAGAGAGGAAGGGGAAGGAGCUCAGGUUUAAACGACUGGAAUCGUUCGUUCAUGAUUCUUGGCGGCAGCAGCGGGACAAGGUGCGCGUGCGACGACUGGACGUGAAGCCUCGAGCUUUGGAAGUGCCUGACAAACAUUCCUUAGCCUUUGUUGUACGCAUCGAAAGGAUCGAUGGGGUGAGCAUGCUGGUGCAGAAGACCAUUGCAAGACUUCGUCUGAAGAAACUGUUCAGUGGUGUCUUUGUCAGGGUCACCCCCCAAACCGUAAAAAUGCUGCGUAUAGUGGAACCUUACGUGACUUGGGGAUUUCCAAACCUGAAGUCUGUCCGGGAACUCAUCUUGAAACGUGGGCAAGCGAGGGUUAAGAGUAAGACCAUCCCGCUGACAGACAACACGGUGAUCGAGGAGCAUCUGGGGAGAUUUGGUGUCAUCUGCCUGGAAGACCUCAUUCAUGAAAUUGCCUUCCCGGGGAAGCAUUUCCAGGGGAUUGCCUCGUUCUUGCGCCCUUUCCAGCUCUCCGUGGCCCGUCAUGCUACCAAGAAUAGAGUGGGAUUCCUCAAGGAGAUGGGCUCCCCCGGCUACCGGGGUGAGCGCAUCAAUCAGCUUAUCCGCCAGCUGAACUAGACCCAGAACAUCUGGGAGCACAAUCUGUUGGAACUGUGUCUUUGGAAUGAUCAAGUAUCUUCAGAGAAGAUUAUUUUCUGCCUUCAAAAACUGGAAGGGGCCAGGGGGAAGAUUAGCUUAUGGUCAUGGCAGACACCUGCCGUGACAGCCCAACUCCAAAGAGAGGGUUCAUUGUUUCCACAUUUGCCGCCACUGACUCUUACCAGCACGUGCUGUGGAGGACGGAGUUGUCCUGCCCUUGGGCUUAUUUAACCUGACUGUGCAGGGCUGGCUCCCCUUGCAGCAGUGGACCACACCUGGAGCAUACUUGAAUCCAGAGUCUCAUUUUCUGUUUUGUGUUUGGUUGGGGAUGGGGCACUAGGGCAUUGUCUUACCGUGUUGCCUUGAACCUGAGCAGUCUGCCUUCACCUCCAAGGUGCUGAGAGUGCAGGUGUGUACCCCAUGGCCGGCAGGGCCUUGUCCUAAAGGAUCUGAAGUACGCUUGAGCACCAAGACGAACACAAGUCCUGGGCGCCAGGAGUCCAUGUUCUGGGUUUCCAGAGUCAGCCUUGAAGGUCCUCACAUUUGCUAGAGCUUAACACUGUCUGUCUGGAAACUUGUAUCCUACCCUGCAACAGACAUAAUCUUUUUGUCUAGCUAAGAGUUAGAACAGAAAGGACCCCUUUACCAGGAAACAUACAUAUACUCAAUUUUUUACCUGAAACUUGAGGGUGUUCAUAGACCUUUUGAGGACUCAUGCAUUUUGUGAGGACAUUGCUUCUUACUCUUCUCCCUGCCCCCCCCCCUCCAUUUUUGAGUGUUUCCUAUUAAGUGGUGUGUGAUCCCAGCACUUGGGAGGAUGCGGUAUAGGAGAGUCACUGUGAGUGAGAUCAGCCUGGGCUAGUGAGGCUCUGCUUCAGAAGAAAAAGCAUGGCAUAUUCUGUUGCUUCCUGUACCUUUUGUACCUAGGAAAUGCCCACCCAGUUUCCCUCUGGGCUUCAGGAUGGAUUUGCCAGGUUUCCCUGAUGAGCCCUUAAAACAUCAGGAAGAAACAAGCUUUCUAGGUCCUUGCAUGUUCUGGACUUGGAAGUAAUGCCCAUGUAGUGCAUCACCAGCAAGGCUUCUGAACAGCCCUGGGAAAUGGUCUGCUACAACUGUUUUCCUAUAAUUUUGGUUCAUGGGGCCUCAAAAUCAACUGAAAUGGAUUCAGAGGCUUAACAAUGCCAUACAACAUGCCAGUUAUGAGGUAAUUAAUUUGCUGAUUCCAGAGCUAACCUGCCAGCAGUAGAUUUUUACCUCUUGCAUUGUAGAGCAUUGUGAAAUCACAUUACUUUAAAAUGAUGUAUUGCAGUGUUUCAUGGGCAUACAACAUUCUGGGAUAUAAACUCCCAUUCUUACUAAAUAAGGGUACAAGGGUAAGGUUAAUGCUUAAUGUGUGUGAGGGCGUGGGUUUGACUCCCCUCUCCCCAAAUAAAUGAACAUUGUUUCUA